ACAAAACACAAAUAAAAUACGGACACACACUACAGAGAAACCAGAGUGGGAUUACACGAUUACACAGUGCAGUCACAAGAUCCAAUUGAACGUAUUUCUCUGUUUUUUAUAACUGUGUUGAAUUCCCCCGGAGAUAGAGGUUGUGUCAAAUAGACCUUAUUUGUCUUAUCACAGACACGCAGAUGAUCAGCGUGUCCAAACUGCUACAGAUAAAGUCUCCACAACAUUAUCUCCUAGAGCUCUACGAGCAUAACCGCAUGCUUUCUUGCAUGUUUUUCUUCCAUAUAUGUUUUUUGCAAAGAGGUUUCCAUCUCAGCUUGUUUUGUGUUCAUCUGCACUAAUACUUUUACAAUCCUGCGAGUCCUCAGCAGUGAUGCUUGUUUCACAAAGUAACACUUCCUUCCUCUUGUUUGCAGCUGCUCCCGUCGUACCCAGCUUCUUUGACACUUUCUGAGUAAUAUUGUUAAAUAUUAUGAGCAUAUUCUAAUUUAAAACAAAUCCUAUUAGACUUUCAUAAAAUAAAAUGCAUUCAAUCUUUUUAAAAUGCAACUUUGCUUUCCCUUUAAUUAGUUCUUUAAAAGCAGGAAUUCCAACUGAGUAUUUUCACAUCUUUUGUCACUGCUGCAUUUAAUAAAGAUGAUUUCAAGAGACACGUCCUUGUUGCGCAGGAAAUUAUCCGUUUGCUCUACGAUUACUAUUUGCCUCAGAGGGGGACCAGCGGCUCAGCGUCGACUCAGUCACGGCUUCCUCUCAAACGUGAGGGUCUCCGUCGCUCACAGGCUCGGGAACUCUGCCGUGUUCUCUCGGCCCGUGGGAGUGGGCGGCGGGCUGCCCGCCCCCACGCAGGCCACAGAGAGGACUCCUCCAGCUUUCACUUCUGUCUUCAUGCCUGAGUUCCCACCCCGUACAUUCCCCAGAGAAGACAAAUUCCAGAUCCAGGGCCUCGUGGCUAAAGGCUCAUUUGGACCCAUCCUGAAAGUGAAGGAUAUUUGUAAAGAGAAGACCUACGCUGUUAAGGUUCUACCAAAGUCAGAGAUCUUGAAGCAUGGCGUGCUGGAGCAGUCCAAAGAGGAAGUCAUCAUUCAGCGGCAGCUCUGUCACCCAUUUAUCCACAAUCUGCAGGACUGCUGGCAGACGCAGCGCCAUCUCUUCAUUAUGAGCGAAUACUGCAGCACUGGAGACCUGUACACUUACUGGAUAAUGAAGGGCCAGUUUGCGGAGGAUGAGGUUCGGCUUUUUGCUGCGGAGCUGGGCAGCGCGCUGGGAUUCCUGCAUGAUUUGGGAAUCAUGCACAGAGACAUAAAGUUGGAAAACAUUCUUCUAAGUGACCAAGGUCACCUUCGUUUGUCGGACUUCGGACUCUCGUGCCGCCUGAAACGAGGAGGACGAGCGUUUACAAUAUGCGGGACGAUCCAGUACAUGGGUGAGACUCCUGAAAUUUUAAGUGGGGGUCCUUACAGCCAUGCUGCUGACUGGUGGUCUCUUGGCGUUGUCCUGUUCUCACUGGUGUCUGGGAAGUUUCCCGUUCCUGCAGAGCCCGACCACUGUAGCAUGUUGAAGAAGGUCAGAGACUUUUCUUAUGUCGUGCCCAACACGUUCAGCUCUGCCCUGGCCUUACUGCUCACCGAGCUUUUGUGUAAGAAUCCUGCGAACCGCCUUCGCAACCUGGAGUGUUUCAAGAUGCAGCCCUUCUUCCGCGGCACUUCGUUCGACCCUUACAUCCUCCAGAAGACGCCAGUUAAAUUCAUCCUUGAGCUCAGGACUCAUCCUGAUUGGGCAGACAAAUCAAAGAGAGGCCCUUCAUUGGAUGAGCUUGAUAACUUUGACUGCGAUCAAAUCCUUCACUCUCCUACAACUCCCUCUGACCUGUCUCCUACUUUGACCGACGUCAGCCUGAGCUCAUGUGCAGAGCAGACGUGUAAAGCGUGAGACUGGACCGGGACAGAAAUGAAGGAACACUACAGAGGAUGAAUAUCCCUCUACAUACAGCUGUUACCUCUUAAACUUAAUGGCGGCUACAUUCACACGGACAAUAUUUCUUUAAGACCAUAUCUCCAUCACUGUUGUAGAAAAGAAAUACCGUAUGUUAACAUGCCUCAAAAUCUUUUUUAAUGAAGUGGUUCUGCUCCAGAUCUAAUGUAAA